CGUGCGCGCGCCUUUACACGGCUCUGCGCGGUCGGUGGCUGUCGCCUCGUCGGGCGGUUCGCGGUCGUGAAAUUGGGGAAUUAUGACGACUACGAAGGCCGUGUGUUUGCUGAGGGGUCACUCCUCCGUGGUCGGGACGUGUACUUUCAAAGCAAUUGCAAAUGGACACGUGGUAAUUCAAGGAGAAAUCAGUGGACUGACUCCUGGAAAGCAUGGAAUCCAUAUUCAUUUAUAUGGAGACGUUUCUGACGGCUGUGCCAGUGUAGGACCUCAUUACAACCCCUGUAACGAAACACACGGUGCACCACAAGAUAAAAAGAGACAUGUAGGUGAUCUGGGCAAUGUAGAAGCUAAUGAAAAUGGCGUUGCCAUAUUUGAAUUAGAAGAUCGACUUCUGCGCCUAACAGGAAAACAUAAUAUAAUUGGACGAUCAGUAGUAGUUCAUCAGAAUGAAGAUGACUUGGGUAAAGGUAACAAUGAAGAAACCCACAUAACAGGAAAUGUUGGAGAAGGAAUUGCCUGGGGUAUAAUUGGAAUAGAUAACUAAAUAUGUGUCCCAAAAGUCUAACUGCACUGUUUGUAGUGUUGUUAGUAGAUUUAAAUUUCUCCAUUGUUAUUGAACAGCAACUGGUUCAAAAUGGGUUUUUAAAAUAAAUCUGUCUGCUAGUGUGGCAUGUUUUAGAAAUGAAACUUUUUUUAAAACAAAUUAAGGUUUCCUUUGACAUCUCUUUGACUUUUAUUUUUUUAAUUUGAAUGUGUGAUAAGUUACGAAGUCCAGCAUGUACACAGAUAGAAACAGCAUAAUUUAGUUAAUUGCAUUAUACUGUUGAAUUUGAUCAAUCUUUUAAACUAAUAGCAAAAUAUUAUUUAAACAAUGAAAGGGAACAGUAUAUUGAUCAUAAGAUCUCUUGAUCCUAUUCAAAGAAGUGAACUUCUCCUGAUACCUGGUCAACAAGCCUUCUAGUUAAUUGAUUAUUCAUCUUAUGGCUGUUGAGACCUUAUUGAUGUGAAAUGGCAACUGCAUUUACCUGGAAAAAAGCUCCCAUACUUGUGGUGUAAUUUGACAUUUCCAGUCUGAUGAGAUGGUAUACCAAUGCAACUUAUUUUUACUGUCAUAAUGGGUCAGUUUUUUUAAAAUAAGAGUCCUCAUUGUAUAACUCCCAUCUUUAACUAAUAUUGAAAAGUACAUGCUGUUCAUAUUAAAAUGUUCAACUGAUUUUACAAGACUAUUUUAAGCUUAAAUAUUUGAGUCCACCAUAUUUUUUAAUGCAUGUAAUAGAUACAAAUAUUUAUCUGUAAAAGACAAAUAAAAGCUCACAUUGCAGUUUGUCAUUUGGUUCAUGUUUGUAAAUUACAUCAAAUUGUCUUCAUUCUUGAAAUUUAAUGGUCCACAUCCACAUACUGCUGGAAUGAGUUUAUCCAGUGGAUUGGAUGAGGGCAAAAA